CAGGUUCCUCUGCAGCCCAGAUGAGAUAUCCUGAAACCAGUAGCAAAUAACGAUGAAACUCAGCCAGUGACACCAGGAAAAAUGAGUCUGCGCCAGGGAAGAGAAGCAUUACAUCCUCAAACUAAAGAGUUAGUCCAUUCAUCGCUCAGUCCUGGAAUUGGCAGCAAUCAUGGGUCAACCUAUUUCGAUUGAAAAAUCAUCACGUGCCACUCUUGGACUGCACCUUAAUUCGGAGGUGAAGGGGCUGAUUGAAAGAAAUUGAGCUUGGUAUAAAGAUCAUUAUCCUGAAUCUUCAACUCCGUCAAGUGAAUUGGUGAAGGAACUAAAUUCACUGAUGGGCAUAGAAAUGCCAGUUUGUGAAUGGAUUUCACAGGAGUGGGCAGAAAUGAUUAAUUGUGGUUUGUAUUUUUGUUAUGUGGCAUGAUGUGUGUUCUGAAUCCAAUAGAAAAGCAGAUUAGAGGUUUGUGUAAUUCAGUCUAAUCAUAAUAGCUGUUUAAAGGGUAAGUGUGCUCUGAAUUCACAGGAAAAAAUAGAAAGUACUUGGCUGUGUUGUUGUGCAUUUAGCAUCCUAUGGUCUGUUUACUAAGAGAAGAGUACAUUGGCUCGUCUUGUUCACAAGGACCAGCACUUCCCCUUUAGUUGCUCACUCAGUCAUCAGUAGGCUCACGGCUGCAAUUGCUACAACCUCUACCUGAGCAGCACAGUGAUCUCAGUUUAUGGGAAAACCUCUGACUUAGAACGACUACAACAUGAAGCAAGAGGGUCUGAUACGCCGCAGGUUUUCCUUGUGUGCUGGGCUACCAGGUGUGCUGUCAUCCCGAGUCGAUGGACGAAAACUCAUCAGAAAUGCAUCAUUUGGUGGCUAUAAUGAACUUCCUGCAAUACUGCCAGGUUUGGACAAAGGGAGAGAUGAUGCGUCUCUCUCAAAGGAUGAUGCUACACACACAAUAUCAAAAAGCAAGUCAGAAUCCAAGCUUUACAAUGGAACAGAAAAAGAUCUUGUCUCACCUGGGAGUAAACUCACAAAAAAGGAAUCUCUUAAGGUUCAAAAGAAAAAUUACAGAGAAGAGAAAAAAAGAGCCACAAAGGAAUUGCUCAGCAGUAUUACUGAUCCUUCUGUAAUAGUGAUGGCAGACUGGCUAAAGGUGGGUGUGAUAGGAGCUCCAGCUGAUGCUUAUUAA